CACCAGCAUUGAAGCCGCCUCGUGGGAGUCGUGUUGCAGCCUAGCCUUGCAGGGGAGACGCAUGGCCGGCCGCGCCCACCCCAAUUAAAUGGGCUCCUUCACACGACGAAGAAGCCCUCUCGCCUAUCCCGUGCCACCACUCACUGAGAGUCUGAGACCAGCGGGUCACUUGCUCCCACACCGGAGCAGCAAGCAACAACAGAGUGAGAUAGAUCUAUCCAUAUCCAUCGAGCAGCAGAGAGCAGUGCAGCAUGGGCACAAUGGCGGCCAGCGUCGAGGAGCAGGUCGAUGCGCUUGCGGCGGCGCCGCCGCAGCGCGCGCUUCGUCUGGCGGGCGAGCUGAGGGCGGCGUACGAGAGCGGCAGGACGCGGAGCCUGGCGUGGCGGCAGUCCCAGCUGCGCGGGCUCCUCAGGCUCCUGGCGGAGAAGGAGGAGGACGCGUUCCGGGCCCUCCACGACGACCUCGGCAAGCACCGCGCCGAGGCCUACAGAGACGAGGUGGGCGUGCUUGUCAAGUCCGCCAACGCCGCGCUAAAAGAGAUCGGGAAGUGGAUGGCGCCGGAGAAGGUUUGGGUGCCGUUGGUGGCGUACCCGGCGAGCGCGCAGGUCGUGCCGGAGCCGCUCGGGGUCGUCCUCAUCUUCUCCUGCUGGAACUUCCCCUUGGGUCUCUCUUUGGAGCCGUUGAUCGGGGCCAUAGCGGCCGGGAACGCCGUGGCUCUGAAGCCGUCGGAGAUGGCGCCGGCCACCGCCAAGUUCCUGGAGGAUAACAUCGGCGAGUACAUGGACGCCACGGCCGUGAAGGUCAUCCAGGGCGGCCCCGCCGUCGGGGAGCAGCUCAUGGAGCACAGAUGGGACAAGGUCCUCUUCACCGGGUGCCCACGGGUGGCGCGCGUGGUGAUGGCCGCGGCGGCGAAACACCUGACGCCCGUGGCGCUGGAGCUGGGCGGCAAGUGCCCCUGCAUCUUCGACUCCAUGAGCAGCGCCAGGAAAGUGCAGAUCGCCGUGAACCGCCUGAUCUCGGCCAAGUGGUCCUCCUGCGCCGGCCAGGCCUGCAUAGCCAUCGACUACGUGCUCGUCGAGGAGCGCUUCGCGCCCACCCUGAUCAAGGUGCUCAAGUCGACGCUGAAGAGGUUCCUCGCCGACCUGGAUCACAUGGCGCGGAUCGUCAACGCGCGGCACUUCCAGCGGCUGAGCAGCCUUCUCAAGGACACGUCCGUGGCGGCGUCCGUGCUGCACGGCGGCAACUUUGACGCCAAGAACCUGUGCAUCGAGCCCACGAUACUGCUGAAUCCGCCGCUGGACUCCGCGAUCAUGACCGAGGAGAUAUUCGGCCCCCUGCUCCCGAUCAUCACGGUCGAGAAGAUCGAAGACAGCAUCGCGUUCGUGAGGGCGCGGCCGAAACCGCUCGCCGUGUACGCCUUCACCAACAGCGCGUCGCUGAAACGCCGGAUCGUGGAGGAGACAUCCUCCGGAAGCGUCACCUUCAACGAUGCUGUUGUACAAUACGGGAUCGACACGCUGCCGUUCGGCGGCGUCGGGCCGAGCGGGUUCGGGCAGUACCACGGCAAGUACUCGUUCGAGAUGUUCAGCCACAAGAAGGCGGUUCUGAGGAGAGGCUACCUCGUCGAGUCCAUGCUCAGGUACCCACCGUGGGACGAGCAGAAGAUCGCCAUGAUGCGCCACCUCUUCCGCUUCAACUACGUCCGGUUCAUCUUCACCUUCCUCGGGCUAUGGAACUGAAUUUCAACGCCAGAAAUUGGCCAUGGCGUGUCGGGUCCGAGUGAAAAUACUAGUGAAAAUGAGUUUGACCCAAGGAAUUAUUUGACGUGUGAAUGAACGAAUAAGGUAAUAAUAAGUCAACAUUACUUUGUAAGGAAUCUGUACCGGGUCAGCACCUUCAUACAGCAGCAGCAGUACUUACCAGUGUUACACUUGCCUGCUUCCACUAUGCCCCGUGAUCAGCUUUAUAUGCACAUCUGAUUGAGAAACCAUCCACAUUUUAACAUCUUACACAUCCAUUGUUUAGAUGCUACUAGU